UGAAUCUACAUCUGUCUUUGAUGAUGGCCAUCAGAACUGGACACAGGAUUCCAGCAGCAGUCACACCGAUGUGAAAUACAGUACAUCGAUCAUUUCUAAGCCCGAUCGACGCAUUGAUGACUUCAUGUCAGCUUUGAACCUCACCCAUUCUUACCAAACAAACUUCAUCCUAAUGGGCAUCCCUGGCAUGGAAGAUGCCCAUGUCUGGAUUUCCAUCCCUUUCUCUACCUCCUACAUUAUCAGCCUGUUGGGAAAUUUCAUGGUUCUGUUUGUUGUAUGGAAAGAGCAGACCCUGCACAAGCCGAUGUACCUGCUGAUCUGCAUGCUGGCGCUCACAGACAUCACCAAGUCUAGCACAGUCGUGCCAAAGGCACUGUGUAUAUUUUGGUUCAAUUUGAAAGGAAUUACUGUGCAUGGCUGCUUCACCCAGAUUUUCUCCCUUCACUCAGUUUCUUUUGUGCAGUCUGCUGUUCUCAUGAUAAUGGCCUUUGAUCGCUACGUUGCCAUAUGUAAUCCUCUGAGAUACACCACCAUCCUCACCAAUGCACGAAUAGCUAUGCUAGGGCUUGUGGGUUUGAUAAGAGCUGUUCUCUUCAUUCUGCCUAUGCCCCUGACGCUGAGCAGGCUGCCAUACUGUGACAACCACUUUAUCCCCUACAUGCACUGUGAGCACAUGCUUGUGGCAAUGAUAUUGUGUGGGGAUAUCACAUUCAACAGGACAUACAGCUUGGUGAUACCAUUUGUACUCAUGGGCCUGACACGUCAGUUCAGUGAAGACAUUGCUCCCCAUGCUCGCAUCAUCUUAGCCGACCUCUAUCUCCUCAUUCCUCCUAUGCUCAACCCCAUCAUUUAUGGGGUCAAAACCCAAGAGCUUCGUGAGAAAUUGGGCAAAUACACUUGCAGAAGCUGA